UCUGGGGAACUUGGCCAGCCCUCUGAACGAAGCCUGAGACUUCAGUCCGGUGGCUCGGGGCGCGCUUUUUCUGCUGUGGGUGUUCCUCAGUGGGAGGUGGGCGUCAACGCUCCUCUGCAUCUGCGACUGAGGCUCCGAAGGUUCGUGGGAAAGAAGUUCAGAGGGAUUUGGAAAGUCACAAGCGAGGACUACCUGUGCGCACACGCUUCUCCGAGGACACGCUCCCAGCAUUUCAAGCAUCAUGAAGCGGCCUUGUGAGGAUACUACUUCUGAUAGUGAUAUGGAUGAAACCAUUGACGUGGGUAGCGAGAAUAAUUAUUCGGGGCAAAGCAGCGGGUCGUUUAUAAGAUGUGGAUCCCCCACUACCACUUCACAGGUUAUGGCCCGAAAGAAACGAAGAGGGAUCAUUGAGAAGAGACGAAGGGAUAGAAUAAAUAACAGUUUAUCAGAGUUACGUCGCCUGGUGCCAACGGCAUUUGAAAAACAGGGAUCUGCUAAACUAGAGAAAGCUGAAAUACUGCAGAUGACAGUGGAUCACCUAAAGAUGCUCCAGGCCACAGGAGGAAAAGGGUAUUUUGAUGUUCAUUCCCUGGCAAUGGACUUCAUGAGCAUUGGCUUUCGAGAGUGCCUGACUGAAGUGGCCCGGUACUUGAGCACGGUGGAGGGUCUGGACUCCAGCGACCCACUCCGCGCACGCCUGGUCUCACAUCUCAGCAGCUGCGCCUCCCAGAGGGAGGCGGCUGCUAUGACCUCAUCCGUGGCCCACCACCAGCAGGCCCUCCACCCGCAGCACUGGGCGCUACACCCGCUGCCUGCUGCCUUCCUGCAGCAGAGUGGCCUGCCCUCCACAGACGGUGCCUCUGGCAGGCUGGCGGAGGUGCCACAGCGGGGCUCGGCGCUGCUCACUGCCUCCUUCACGCCUGCAGACUCUGCACUGAGGGCGCCCCCUACGGGCAACGUGGCGCCCUGCAUGCCCCCGCUCUCCACCUCGCUCCUGUCACUGUCGGCCACCGUGCACGCCGCCGCCGCCGCCGCGGCUCACACCUUCCCGCUCUCCUUCCCGGGCGGAUUCCAAUUGUUUGGCCCAAGCGCCACGGCCUCUUCUGUGGCCUCCUCAGCUGUGAGCCCCUCCAUAUCCACCUCCUCCACUUCCCAGCAGAGCAGUUCCAGCUCCAGCAGCAGUAGCAGCAGCAAGCCAUACCGCCCAUGGGGGACUGAAGUGGGAGUGUUUUAAGGGUCGGACCCAGUGUGCCCUUUUACACUUUUACAAGUCUAUUAAACUUUAUGGACAGAGGACAGACUUCAAAAACUAUGGACAAUUUUUGGCCACUGUUAUGGCAUUUUGGACACUUCUACACAAUCAGCUAUACAAGUGCCUGCAUGUAUAUCACAAAUGGAACUUCUUAGGAAGGAGAAGUGUGGAUCAUGUUUGUGCUCGUCAUAGCCAGUGGAUGUGAGGAUGAUCGAUUGGUCUUUUUAGUGAAAUGACCACAUCACUAUCAUUAUAUCAGCUUCCUUUUGUCUGGUUUGUUUUGUCUCCCUGUCUUGUACCAAGGAGAAAUGCCAUGAUCUUUCUGUCUCAAGCUAACCUUGCUUUGCACCAAGGAAUAUGUCUGACAGUGUCCACAGGAAAGUGUGACUAAAACAUUGCAUUUGAGAAUUAAAUGCUUAACCUGUGGAGCCUGUGUAAUUUCUAAUUUUCAAUUACUCACAAGUAUCAUGUCAUUUAUUUUGACUAAACCAGAAAAAUCUCAGAGAAACCAAAGGUUUUGAAGAUAAUCAAUUCCUGAUCAUAUGAGGUGUGAAUGUUAUAAUCUAUGAACUAACGACUCAAUCUGUAAAUAUGUAUAUGUGUAAGAGUGUAACUAGAGUUUAUACUGAAGCUAGAUAAAGCGGUUUAUUGGUAUAAUGAUGCACUUCAAUCACUACUGUUUGGAGGGACGGGAUUCUCUCCACGUAUGAAAAACACAACGUACCUGCAAAUUUGCAUUACAGCACUCAUUGUUUGCUCAUGCUGUAUUUCAGAUUUGCCAGUAAAUGACACUACUGUAUCUUUUAAAAAACCCGUGCCUGCCCUGUAAUAUGUAACGAUUUUCUAUGCAAAAGGGAAAAAAAUGCAGAUUUCAAAAAUUAAAUUCAGUGCUUUUUAUUCGAA